GUCGAAAAUUGACAAAUUUGUGUCAAAUUUCGAUAAAACUAUGGAAUUUAUCUUAUUCACGUUACACGAUUUGUGGCGAUUAUUGGUUUAAAUAUUGUACUAGAAAGAGGGUGAAAUAGUCAAGGAACAUGGAGGAAGAUGAUCCUGUGGUACAAGAGAUACCAGUUUUCGUAUCUCAGGCGCUCGCCAAAAAUUUGUAUAUUUAUCAGUAUCCCGUAAGACCAGCGAAUAGGGACUGGAAAGAAGUUAAAGUUACCAAUGCUUCAAUUAAACCCAAGAACCAGCUUGUGCGAUUGGAAGUCGGUUUGGACACUUACAGUGAUCAGUAUUGCCCUUCUAAAGGCGAGCAGAUUGCUCUCAAUACUGAUGGACAACAGGAGUCAUCAUGGCAUACUAAGGAAAAAGAUAAGUCUCAAUAUUUUAAAACUGGGAUGAUGGAUAAGAUUCUUUAUGAGUGCAGCAAGCCAUCCACUGAAACUCGACACUAUGCUGUUGCAAUAUUACAAGACAAAGAAUUACAUUGCACUUCUAUCCAAGGUAUUGUGCAGAUGAGACCCUCAUAUUCAUAUUAUGACAGGCAGGACAAACGUAAAAGUGAUAAAAAUAAGUCUGACAAUUCUGAUGAUGAUGAAAAGGAGCCAGAAGCCCAACAGGUGACAGUGAAAUUCGCACGACAAGAAACUGAUGUGGUAAAAAAGGCCCGUGAGAAAUCCUUUGUAUCAAUCUCCCAGAAAAUAAACGAAGAACCAUGGUAUGAUGCUAUGUGGAAACACUCUGACACUGAUCAAGCAGAAUUGGAGCGAUUGAAGUUGUUCAGUAUGACUACAUCAGAUGGGUCUUCGUUAUCCCUGAAGGCCCGCGAGUAUGUUCGAAAUCUAGUCCCGCCACCGCCUGAUGAUGAAGCAGAUGUAGCACCGACAAAAUUGCUAUCACCACGCGAUCAAAUCAAGGAAAUUCUUCUGAAUGCGAAACUGAUGACGUUUAGCGCUUUACGCGCGAUGGUCCGCACCGAGGACGGCCCGCUCAGCGAACUGUCGCUGUUGACGGCGCUGGACACGUGCGCGUGCUGCGUGCGCGGGCUGUGGACGCCGCGCUCCAGCGAGCUGUACACGCGCGCGGACCCCUUACCGCCCAGACUCAUGUGCGCCGCCAGGGAUCACGUGCUCUAUCUAUUCACUCAACACCCGUAUAUAGACAGACGGAAGGUAGCCGCAGCAGUUCGUCUACCACCAGCAGAUGUAUUAGAAAUCAUACGAUCAGUCGCAAAGUUUAAUCCAAAAACAGGCUGGGAGCUUCUAAUACCACCAGAUGUCGCCUUCGAGACCAAGUAUCCCGACGUCAUACAACGUCAGAACUUGUACUGGGAGGCGCGUCAGCGACAAUUCAACGAAAUGCUGAUGGGCGAAAAUAUGCCUAAACGUCAACGCAAGAAGUCUCAAAGGGAAUCGGUGAGCUCCGAUACGAUGAUGAGCCCGAAACCGAGGUGUAACAGUGUUAGUGAGGAAGACAGUGAAAGAAAGAGACAGAAAAACAAAUCCGCCACCGGCAGCGGUAAACGGACUCGCAACGCUAGCUCCAGUAGUACACAUGACGCGACGUGAUCUUUAACAUAAGUUAGGUUAUCAAAUUAACUUGGCUGUAUUAAAAUUGGGCCAUUAUAAAGUUUGAAGUAGUGUUGUGACAAUAGCGAUAGUUUGGGUAUCGAUAGUGUGACCUUGACAAAUAAUCAAAUUGUCGAUAUGACUAUUGAAAUUAGUCACUUUAUUCAAUAAUUUUGAUAUAGAAAUAUAGACGAUCAUGUUUGUUAAUAUUAUAUUCGAUUAAUAGUGAACCAUUCCUGAGACGAAGAAAUUCUUCAUUCAUCAGUAAGUACUUGUUACUUUCGUUACUAGAGCUGGUUUUCAAUAAACUCAGUUUUGCUAGUCUGUAACAAUGCAGCGUCGAAAUACAGCAUUGUAGGUUCAAUCAAAUUCAACCUUUAUUACCUUUUAAAAUAAUUGUUAUUUGAUUGAACCACAAAUGCUGCGUUCGGCGUUGUAUUUUUAGCAGAAUACCUGGUAGGUCACAGUAACAGAUGAAAGAAGUAUUUUUACAAACUUUAUUCUGGCAUCUGAGACGAUUUUGGAGUAUUUUUCUAGGAUAAAUAAAUUAGUACAGCCAGGGUCUCUUCACUAAUUAAAAAUAUUUAACCUUAAAAACCAUAAUAGAUAGUAUACGUUUGUGAAAAAUCCAAAAUAUAUAAUAACCAGAAUAACUUUUUAAAGGAAAAAAAUUCCUAAGCUCGGAAAAGUGAAAUAAAGGGUCAUUUAUUCGGAUGUCCAGAUAAUCGAUGUUCGGAUAAUUCGAAUUCUACUGAUAUAUCAAACUAUUUGGUGGCCUAAUUUUAAUAUUGCUGAGUAUAUUUAAUAUAUGCAAAUUCGCUACCACCUCGAGCGCUAAUCCUAUUCUAAUGUGUAAGUGUAAAUGAGACGAAAAGAAUGUACGUUUGUAACCAAUAGCCUUUUAACUAUACCUUUUAGACAUCAGAUAUGUGUUAUCUGUUGAUUUUAUUUCAUCAAUGCAUUAAAACAAAAUCGUGUAGUCACAGCAAAUCUUUAUAACUAGAUUUCAGGGUAGUGAUGCGACUCGAGUAGUAUAUCGUGACUCAAGUCACUCGAGCCAAUUAACUACCUCAAUCGUGUCCUACUAGAGUUUUCGAGUGACCCAAGAAAAAUAAAUUCAAACAUGCUACUCGACUGACAUUUCUUUUAGUAAUUUAAAAGAGUUUUUAGAUAGAUUAAUAAAUUAGAGUAGCAAACUGACAUCUAGUAGCAAGAGAAUAAACUCUAUGCGCCGAGUUGACCCAAUAACUCGAGUGCAUAGAGCCUCGAGUGAUAUUAUUUUCACUCGAAUACAAGUUUAAAAAUUGCUCUAGUGACUCGAGUUAAAACAUGACUCGAGUCGCAUCACUAUUUCGUGUCGUAUAAAGGUUCAAUCAAAUAAAAAACCACUUAAAAGGUAAUAAAGGUGUUUUCCUCGGACUUGACGUCGACUCCAAUAAAAAAGCAGUUUAGAAUGCAUCUGUUUUUAAUUUCAAUAAUACAAGUAGUGUAUGCGUAUUGGAACAGGCGUGUGACCACGUAAAUCUAACUCCAGUCAUAUGAUACGACUUAGCGAUGUCAUAUUGAUAUUUCAUUUAAUUUUACUACUUUGACUUGUACAUAUCGACGAACGAAUUCUAAAGAAUAGUGAUAUAUGGAUUUGACAGUAAUCAAAAGAGUAAUAAUAGACAUGUCAAAAUAGUAAAAUGAAACGAAACAUAUAUUCGCUAUGAUGUCGUAUCCUAUGUGUAGAGUUAGGCGGACUCACUAUGUGUGUAAUGACAGUUUUUUAACAUUGUAAAUAGAAGAAAAGUAUUUAUUUGUUAGUUAUUUUAAAAUGCAUUAUUCGUGAAUCCAGUAUAUGGAUUUAUCAAUUUCCUAGUGAAAUUCGAAUAUUGCAUUUAGAACCUUUUUAUAGUCAAAUGAUGUGUCUAAAAUCUAGCACUCAGUAUAAAUACUGAAAAUAAGUGUUAAAGCGAGGUUUAUUUUCAAAGAUGUGACGAUAUAACGGAUCGUUUAAUAUUAAGAGGACGCAUGAAGGUAUAAAGUAAACGACUUGUGUCUUGUUUUCGCCGACGAGGUCAAUUAAUGAAAUGAAUAAGACAAAUUAUAUAUUUUUACUAGAAAACUCAAAAAAACAUUCAAUAUCACAUCUCACCUACAUAGCUGUUUAGGUAUUUUUAUUUUUGAGUAU